AUGGUUAUUGGGAUAAUUCGACGCCCUCCGGUGGUUACCCCCAGUGACAUAAGGAGGAACACAAAGCAUUCCCAACCGAAGGACAGAUUGACAAUUCCAUGUCAACUAUUCAACUCUCGAAAAGCAUCCGCCUUGCGAAAGGUGGGUCGAAUCUUGGCACAAGGUGGAAUAAUAGGAACUCCCACAGAUACCGUGUAUGCCAUAGGAGCCUCCUGCAAACAUCCCGAGUCCAUCCGAAGACUCUACACAGUCAAGGAACGUCCUGCAACAAAACCCAUCUGUCUGUGUCUGUCCAAUCUGGAUCAGUUGAAAGCAGCCAAGCCCGACUUCAGUCCUCUCCUUUGGAACUUCAUGGAAAGAUGCUACCCAGGUGGUAUCAGCUGUGUUGUACCGAAAGGAGAAUGGAUGUACAAUCUUGGUGUCGGUGAUGCCUACGAUAUCGUUGGAACAAAGGACAACAUAUGCAUCCGUGUUCCUGACAGUUCCGUCUUGGCCUACCUCGUGUCUGUGUCUGGUCCAAUUGCCAUCACAUCGGGCAAUCCCAGUGGAGGAGCUGACAGCAUUCACCAUGACAUGCUUAUCAAUUCACUGGGCCAUAAACUUGAUGGCAUGAUCUGUGAUGGCGAUUCAAGAGAGCUGAGCGCAUCAACAGUUGUCAACUGUAUGAACAUCGACCAAGGUGAGAUCACCUAUUUUCGAGUUGGGUGCACACCACAGGAAAUUGUGGACAAGCAUUUGGAGGACGCCAAAGCAGAAAUUGAAGGCAAAACAAGCUACCCUCCAUGCACACUGUACGAGUCACGUAAAUCCUCCGAUCUAAGAGCUGCCGCUGCUAUCCUGAGUGAUGGUGGUGUGGUUGGAACUCCCACAGACACCGUGUAUGCCAUAGGAGCCUCCUGCAAACAUCCUGAGUCCAUCCGAAGACUCUACACAGUCAAGGAACGUCCUGCAACAAAACCCAUCUGUCUGUGUCUGUCCAAUCUGGAUCAGUUGAAAGCAGCCAAGCCCGACUUCAGUCCUCUCCUUUGGAACUUCAUGGAAAGAUGCUACCCAGGUGGUAUCAGCUGUGUUGUACCCAAAGGAGAAUGGAUGUACAAUCUUGGUGUCGGUGAUGCCUACGAUAUCGUUGGAACAAAGGACAACAUAUGCAUCCGUGUUCCUGACAGUUCCGUCUUGGCCUACCUCGUGUCUGUGUCUGGUCCAAUUGCCAUCACAUCGGGCAAUCCCAGUGGAGGAGCUGACAGCAUUCACCAUGACAUGCUUAUCAAUUCACUGGGCCAUAAACUUGAUGGCAUGAUCUGUGAUGGCGAUUCAAGAGAGCUGAGCGCAUCAACAGUUGUCAACUGUAUGAACAUCGACCAAGGUGAGAUCACCUAUUUUCGAGUUGGGUGCACACCACAGGAAAUUGUGGACAAGCAUUUGGAGGACGCCAAAGCAGAAAUUGAAGGCAAAACAAGCUACCCUCCAUGCACACUGUACGAGUCACGUAAAUCCUCCGAUCUAAGAGCUGCCGCUGCUAUCCUGAGUGAUGGUGGUGUGGUUGGAACUCCCACAGACACCGUGUAUGCCAUAGGAGCCUCCUGCAAACAUCCCGAGUCCAUCCGAAGACUCUACACAGUCAAGGAACGUCCUGCAACAAAACCCAUCUGUCUGUGUCUGUCCAAUCUGGAUCAGUUGAAAGCAGCCAAGCCCGACUUCAGUCCUCUCCUUUGGAACUUCAUGGAAAGAUGCUACCCAGGUGGUAUCAGCUGUGUUGUACCCAAAGGAGAAUGGAUGUACAAUCUUGGUGUCGGUGAUGCCUACGAUAUCGUUGGAACAAAGGACAACAUAUGCAUCCGUGUUCCUGACAGUUCCGUCUUGGCCUACCUCGUGUCUGUGUCUGGUCCAAUUGCCAUCACAUCGGGCAAUCCCAGUGGAGGAGCUGACAGCAUUCACCAUGACAUGCUUAUCAAUUCACUGGGCCAUAAACUUGAUGGCAUGAUCUGUGAUGGCGAUUCAAGAGAGCUGAGCGCAUCAACAGUUGUCAACUGUAUGAACAUCGACCAAGGUGAGAUCACCUAUUUUCGAGUUGGGUGCACACCACAGGAAAUUGUGGACAAGCAUUUGGAGGACGCCAAAGCAGAAAUUGAAGGCAAAACAAGCUACCCUCCAUGCACACUGUACGAGUCACGUAAAUCCUCCGAUCUAAGAGCUGCCGCUGCUAUCCUGAGUGAUGGUGGUGUGGUUGGAACUCCCACAGACACCGUGUAUGCCAUAGGAGCCUCCUGCAAACAUCCCGAGUCCAUCCGAAGACUCUACACAGUCAAGGAACGUCCUGCAACAAAACCCAUCUGUCUGUGUCUGUCCAAUCUGGAUCAGUUGAAAGCAGCCAAGCCCGACUUCAGUCCUCUCCUUUGGAACUUCAUGGAAAGAUGCUACCCAGGUGGUAUCAGCUGUGUUGUACCCAAAGGAGAAUGGAUGUACAAUCUUGGUGUCGGUGAUGCCUACGAUAUCGUUGGAACAAAGGACAACAUAUGCAUCCGUGUUCCUGACAGUUCCGUCUUGGCCUACCUCGUGUCUGUGUCUGGUCCAAUUGCCAUCACAUCGGGCAAUCCCAGUGGAGGAGCUGACAGCAUUCACCAUGACAUGCUUAUCAAUUCACUGGGCCAUAAACUUGAUGGCAUGAUCUGUGAUGGCGAUUCAAGAGAGCUGAGCGCAUCAACAGUUGUCAACUGUAUGAACAUCGACCAAGGUGAGAUCACCUAUUUUCGAGUUGGGUGCACACCACAGGAAAUUGUGGACAAGCAUUUGGAGGACGCCAAAGCAGAAAUUGAAGGCAAAACAAGCUACCCUCCAUGCACACUGUACGAGUCACGUAAAUCCUCCGAUCUAAGAGCUGCCGCUGCUAUCCUGAGUGAUGGUGGUGUGGUUGGAACUCCCACAGACACCGUGUAUGCCAUAGGAGCCUCCUGCAAACAUCCUGAGUCCAUCCGAAGACUCUACACAGUCAAGGAACGUCCUGCAACAAAACCCAUCUGUCUGUGUCUGUCCAAUCUGGAUCAGUUGAAAGCAGCCAAGCCCGACUUCAGUCCUCUCCUUUGGAACUUCAUGGAAAGAUGCUACCCAGGUGGUAUCAGCUGUGUUGUACCCAAAGGAGAAUGGAUGUACAAUCUUGGUGUCGGUGAUGCCUACGAUAUCGUUGGAACAAAGGACAACAUAUGCAUCCGUGUUCCUGACAGUUCCGUCUUGGCCUACCUCGUGUCUGUGUCUGGUCCAAUUGCCAUCACAUCGGGCAAUCCCAGUGGAGGAGCUGACAGCAUUCACCAUGACAUGCUUAUCAAUUCACUGGGCCAUAAGCUUGAUGGCAUGAUCUGUGAUGGCGAUUCAAGAGAGCUGAGCGCAUCAACAGUUGUCAACUGUAUGAACAUCGACCAAGGUGAGAUCACCUAUUUUCGAGUUGGGUGCACACCACAGGAAAUUGUGGACAAGCAUUUGGAGGACGCCAAAGCAGAAAUUGAAGGCAAAACAAGCUACCCUCCAUGCACACUGUACGAGUCAAAUAAAUCCUCCGAUCUAAGAGCUGCCGCUGCUAUCCUGAGUGAUGGUGGUGUGGUUGGAACUCCCACAGACACCGUGUAUGCCAUAGGAGCCUCCUGCAAACAUCCCGAGUCCAUCCGAAGACUCUACACAGUCAAGGAACGUCCUGCAACAAAACCCAUCUGUCUGUGUCUGUCCAAUCUGGAUCAGUUGAAAGCAGCCAAGCCCGACUUCAGUCCUCUCCUUUGGAACUUCAUGGAAAGAUGCUACCCAGGUGGUAUCAGCUGUGUUGUACCCAAAGGAGAAUGGAUGUACAAUCUUGGUGUCGGUGAUGCCUACGAUAUCGUUGGAACAAAGGACAACAUAUGCAUCCGUGUUCCUGACAGUUCCGUCUUGGCCUACCUCGUGUCUGUGUCUGGUCCAAUUGCCAUCACAUCGGGCAAUCCCAGUGGAGGAGCUGACAGCAUUCACCAUGACAUGCUUAUCAAUUCACUGGGCCAUAAACUUGAUGGCAUGAUCUGUGAUGGCGAUUCAAGAGAGCUGAGCGCAUCAACAGUUGUCAACUGUAUGAACAUCGACCAAGGUGAGAUCACCUAUUUUCGAGUUGGGUGCACACCACAGGAAAUUGUGGACAAGCAUUUGGAGGACGCCAAAGCAGAAAUUGAAGGCAAAACAAGCUACCCUCCAUGCACACUGUACGAGUCACGUAAAUCCUCCGAUCUAAGAGCCGCAGCUGCUAUCCUGAGUGAUGGUGGUGUGGUUGGAACUCCCACAGACACCGUGUAUGCCAUAGGAGCCUCCUGCAAACAUCCCGAGUCCAUCCGAAGACUCUACACAGUCAAGGAACGUCCUGCAACAAAACCCAUCUGUCUGUGUCUGUCCAAUCUGGAUCAGUUGAAAGCAGCCAAGCCCGACUUCAGUCCUCUCCUUUGGAACUUCAUGGAAAGAUGCUACCCAGGUGGUAUCAGCUGUGUUGUACCCAAAGGAGAAUGGAUGUACAAUCUUGGUGUCGGUGAUGCCUACGAUAUCGUUGGAACAAAGGACAACAUCUGCAUCCGUGUUCCUGACAGUUCCGUCUUGGCCUACCUCGUGUCUGUGUCUGGUCCAAUUGCCAUCACAUCGGGCAAUCCCAGUGGAGGAGCUGACAGCAUUCACCAUGACAUGCUUAUCAAUUCACUGGGCCAUAAACUUGAUGGCAUGAUCUGUGAUGGCGAUUCAAGAGAGCUGAGCGCAUCAACAGUUGUCAACUGUAUGAACAUCGACCAAGGUGAGAUCACCUAUUUUCGAGUUGGGUGCACACCACAGGAAAUUGUGGACAAGCAUUUGGAGGACGCCAAAGCAGAAAUUGAAGGCAAAACAAGCUACCCUCCAUGCACACUGUACGAGUCACGUAAAUCCUCCGAUCUAAGAGCUGCCGCUGCUAUCCUGAGUGAUGGUGGUGUGGUUGGAACUCCCACAGACACCGUGUAUGCCAUAGGAGCCUCCUGCAAACAUCCUGAGUCCAUCCGAAGACUCUACACAGUCAAGGAACGUCCUGCAACAAAACCCAUCUGUCUGUGUCUGUCCAAUCUGGAUCAGUUGAAAGCAGCCAAGCCCGACUUCAGUCCUCUCCUUUGGAACUUCAUGGAAAGAUGCUACCCAGGUGGUAUCAGCUGUGUUGUACCGAAAGGAGAAUGGAUGUACAAUCUUGGUGUCGGUGAUGCCUACGAUAUCGUUGGAACAAAGGACAACAUAUGCAUCCGUGUUCCUGACAGUUCCGUCUUGGCCUACCUCGUGUCUGUGUCUGGUCCAAUUGCCAUCACAUCGGGCAAUCCCAGUGGAGGAGCUGACAGCAUUCACCAUGACAUGCUUAUCAAUUCACUGGGCCAUAAACUUGAUGGCAUGAUCUGUGAUGGCGAUUCAAGAGAGCUGAGCGCAUCAACAGUUGUCAACUGUAUGAACAUCGACCAAGGUGAGAUCACCUAUUUUCGAGUUGGGUGCACACCACAGGAAAUUGUGGACAAGCAUUUGGAGGACGCCAAAGCAGAAAUUGAAGGCAAAACAAGCUACCCUCCAUGCACACUGUACGAGUCAAAUAAAUCCUCCGAUCUAAGAGCUGCCGCUGCUAUCCUGAGUGAUGGUGGUGUGGUUGGAACUCCCACAGACACCGUGUAUGCCAUAGGAGCCUCCUGCAAACAUCCCGAGUCCAUCCGAAGACUCUACACAGUCAAGGAACGUCCUGCAACAAAACCCAUCUGUCUGUGUCUGUCCAAUCUGGAUCAGUUGAAAGCAGCCAAGCCCGACUUCAGUCCUCUCCUUUGGAACUUCAUGGAAAGAUGCUACCCAGGUGGUAUCAGCUGUGUUGUACCCAAAGGAGAAUGGAUGUACAAUCUUGGUGUCGGUGAUGCCUACGAUAUCGUUGGAACAAAGGACAACAUAUGCAUCCGUGUUCCUGACAGUUCCGUCUUGGCCUACCUCGUGUCUGUGUCUGGUCCAAUUGCCAUCACAUCGGGCAAUCCCAGUGGAGGAGCUGACAGCAUUCACCAUGACAUGCUUAUCAAUUCACUGGGCCAUAAGCUUGAUGGCAUGAUCUGUGAUGGCGAUUCAAGAGAGCUGAGCGCAUCAACAGUUGUCAACUGUAUGAACAUCGACCAAGGUGAGAUCACCUAUUUUCGAGUUGGGUGCACACCACAGGAAAUUGUGGACAAGCAUUUGGAGGACGCCAAAGCAGAAAUUGAAGGCAAAACAAGCUACCCUCCAUGCACACUGUACGAGUCAAAUAAAUCCUCCGAUCUAAGAGCUGCCGCUGCUAUCCUGAGUGAUGGUGGUGUGGUUGGAACUCCCACAGACACCGUGUAUGCCAUAGGAGCCUCCUGCAAACAUCCCGAGUCCAUCCGAAGACUCUACACAGUCAAGGAACGUCCUGCAACAAAACCCAUCUGUCUGUGUCUGUCCAAUCUGGAUCAGUUGAAAGCAGCCAAGCCCGACUUCAGUCCUCUCCUUUGGAACUUCAUGGAAAGAUGCUACCCAGGUGGUAUCAGCUGUGUUGUACCCAAAGGAGAAUGGAUGUACAAUCUUGGUGUCGGUGAUGCCUACGAUAUCGUUGGAACAAAGGACAACAUAUGCAUCCGUGUUCCUGACAGUUCCGUCUUGGCCUACCUCGUGUCUGUGUCUGGUCCAAUUGCCAUCACAUCGGGCAAUCCCAGUGGAGGAGCUGACAGCAUUCACCAUGACAUGCUUAUCAAUUCACUGGGCCAUAAACUUGAUGGCAUGAUCUGUGAUGGCGAUUCAAGAGAGCUGAGCGCAUCAACAGUUGUCAACUGUAUGAACAUCGACCAAGGUGAGAUCACCUAUUUUCGAGUUGGGUGCACACCACAGGAAAUUGUGGACAAGCAUUUGGAGGACGCCAAAGCAGAAAUUGAAGGCAAAACAAGCUACCCUCCAUGCACACUGUACGAGUCACGUAAAUCCUCCGAUCUAAGAGCUGCCGCUGCUAUCCUGAGUGAUGGUGGUGUGGUUGGAACUCCCACAGACACCGUGUAUGCCAUAGGAGCCUCCUGCAAACAUCCCGAGUCCAUCCGAAGACUCUACACAGUCAAGGAACGUCCUGCAACAAAACCCAUCUGUCUGUGUCUGUCCAAUCUGGAUCAGUUGAAAGCAGCCAAGCCCGACUUCAGUCCUCUCCUUUGGAACUUCAUGGAAAGAUGCUACCCAGGUGGUAUCAGCUGUGUUGUACCCAAAGGAGAAUGGAUGUACAAUCUUGGUGUCGGUGAUGCCUACGAUAUCGUUGGAACAAAGGACAACAUCUGCAUCCGUGUUCCUGACAGUUCCGUCUUGGCCUACCUCGUGUCUGUGUCUGGUCCAAUUGCCAUCACAUCGGGCAAUCCCAGUGGAGGAGCUGACAGCAUUCACCAUGACAUGCUUAUCAAUUCACUGGGCCAUAAACUUGAUGGCAUGAUCUGUGAUGGCGAUUCAAGAGAGCUGAGCGCAUCAACAGUUGUCAACUGUAUGAACAUCGACCAAGGUGAGAUCACCUAUUUUCGAGUUGGGUGCACACCACAGGAAAUUGUGGACAAGCAUUUGGAGGACGCCAAAGCAGAAAUUGAAGGCAAAACAAGCUACCCUCCAUGCACACUGUACGAGUCAAAUAAAUCCUCCGAUCUAAGAGCUGCCGCUGCUAUCCUGAGUGAUGGUGGUGUGGUUGGAACUCCCACAGACACCGUGUAUGCCAUAGGAGCCUCCUGCAAACAUCCCGAGUCCAUCCGAAGACUCUACACAGUCAAGGAACGUCCUGCAACAAAACCCAUCUGUCUGUGUCUGUCCAAUCUGGAUCAGUUGAAAGCAGCCAAGCCCGACUUCAGUCCUCUCCUUUGGAACUUCAUGGAAAGAUGCUACCCAGGUGGUAUCAGCUGUGUUGUACCCAAAGGAGAAUGGAUGUACAAUCUUGGGGUCGGUGAUGCCUACGAUAUCGUUGGAACAAAGGACAACAUAUGCAUCCGUGUUCCUGACAGUUCCGUCUUGGCCUACCUCGUGUCUGUGUCUGGUCCAAUUGCCAUCACAUCGGGCAAUCCCAGUGGAGGAGCUGACAGCAUUCACCAUGACAUGCUUAUCAAUUCACUAGGCCAUAAGCUUGAUGGCAUGAUCUGUGAUGGCGAUUCAAGAGAGCUGAGCGCAUCAACAGUUGUCAACUGUAUGAACAUCGACCAAGGUGAGAUCACCUAUUUUCGAGUUGGGUGCACACCACAGGAAAUUGUGGACAAACAUUUGGAGGACGCCAAAGCAGAAAUUGAAGGCAAAACAAGCUACCCUCCAUGCACACUGUACGAGUCACGUAAAUCCUCCGAUCUAAGAGCUGCCGCUGCUAUCCUGAGUGAUGGUGGCGUGGUUGGAACUCCCACAGACACCGUGUAUGCCAUAGGAGCCUCCUGCAAACAUCCCGAGUCCAUCCGAAGACUCUACACAGUCAAGGAACGUCCUGCAACAAAACCCAUCUGUCUGUGUCUGUCCAAUCUGGAUCAGUUGAAAGCAGCCAAGCCCGACUUCAGUCCUCUCCUUUGGAACUUCAUGGAAAGAUGCUACCCAGGUGGUAUCAGCUGUGUUGUACCCAAAGGAGAAUGGAUGUACAAUCUUGGUGUCGGUGAUGCCUACGAUAUCGUUGGAACAAAGGACAACAUCUGCAUCCGUGUUCCUGACAGUUCCGUCUUGGCCUACCUCGUGUCUGUGUCUGGUCCAAUUGCCAUCACAUCGGGCAAUCCCAGUGGAGGAGCUGACAGCAUUCACCAUGACAUGCUUAUCAAUUCACUAGGCCAUAAGCUUGAUGGCAUGAUCUGUGAUGGCGAUUCAAGAGAGCUGAGCGCAUCAACAGUUGUCAACUGUAUGAACAUCGACCAAGGUGAGAUCACCUAUUUUCGAGUUGGGUGCACACCACAGGAAAUUGUGGACAAACAUUUGGAGGACGCCAGAGCAGAAAUUGAAGGCAAAACAAGCUACCCUCCAUGCACACUGUACGAGUCACGUAAAUCCUCCGAUCUAAGAGCUGCCGCUGCUAUCCUGAGUGAUGGUGGCGUGGUUGGAACUCCCACAGACACCGUGUAUGCCAUAGGAGCCUCCUGCAAACAUCCCGAGUCCAUCCGAAGACUCUACACAGUCAAGGAACGUCCUGCAACAAAACCCAUCUGUCUGUGUCUGUCCAAUCUGGAUCAGUUGAAAGCAGCCAAGCCCGACUUCAGUCCUCUCCUUUGGAACUUCAUGGAAAGAUGCUACCCAGGUGGUAUCAGCUGUGUUGUACCCAAAGGAGAAUGGAUGUACAAUCUUGGGGUCGGUGAUGCUUACGAUAUCGUUGGAACAAAGGACAACAUAUGCAUCCGUGUUCCUGACAGUUCCGUCUUGGCCUACCUCGUGUCUGUGUCUGGUCCAAUUGCCAUCACAUCGGGCAAUCCCAGUGGAGGAGCUGACAGCAUUCACCAUGACAUGCUUAUCAAUUCACUAGGCCAUAAGCUUGAUGGCAUGAUCUGUGAUGGCGAUUCAAGAGAGCUGAGCGCAUCAACAGUUGUCAACUGUAUGAACAUCGACCAAGGUGAGAUCACCUAUUUUCGAGUUGGGUGCACACCACAGGAAAUUGUGGACAGACAUUUGGAGGACGCCAAAGCAGAAAUUGAAGGCAAAACAAGCUACCCUCCAUGCACACUGUACGAGUCACGUAAAUCCUCCGAUCUAAGAGCUGCCGCUGCUAUCCUGAGUGAUGGUGGCGUGGUUGGAACUCCCACAGACACCGUGUAUGCCAUAGGAGCCUCCUGCAAACAUCCCGAGUCCAUCCGAAGACUCUACACAGUCAAGGAACGUCCUGCAACAAAACCCAUCUGUCUGUGUCUGUCCAAUCUGGAUCAGUUGAAAGCAGCCAAGCCCGACUUCAGUCCUCUCCUUUGGAACUUCAUGGAAAGAUGCUACCCAGGUGGUAUCAGCUGUGUUGUACCGAAAGGAGAAUGGAUGUACAAUCUUGGGGUCGGUGAUGCUUACGAUAUCGUUGGAACAAAGGACAACAUAUGCAUCCGUGUUCCUGACAGUUCCGUCUUGGCCUACCUCGUGUCUGUGUCUGGUCCAAUUGCCAUCACAUCGGGCAAUCCCAGUGGAGGAGCUGACAGCAUUCACCAUGACAUGCUUAUCAAUUCACUAGGCCAUAAACUUGAUGGCAUGAUCUGUGAUGGCGAUUCAAGAGAGCUGAGCGCAUCAACAGUUGUCAACUGUAUGAACAUCGACCAAGGUGAGAUCACCUAUUUUCGAGUUGGGUGCACACCACAGGAAAUUGUGGACAAACAUUUGGAGGACGCCAGAGCAGAAAUUGAAGGCAAAACAAGCUACCCUCCAUGCACACUGUACGAGUCACGUAAAUCCUCCGAUCUAAGAGCUGCCGCUGCUAUCCUGAGUGAUGGUGGCGUGGUUGGAACUCCCACAGACACCGUGUAUGCCAUAGGAGCCUCCUGCAAACAUCCCCAGUCCAUCCGAAGACUCUACACAGUCAAGGAACGUCCUGCAACAAAACCCAUCUGUCUGUGUCUGUCCAAUCUGGAUCAGUUGAAAGCAGCCAAGCCCGACUUCAGUCCUCUCCUUUGGAACUUCAUGGAAAGAUGCUACCCAGGUGGUAUCAGCUGUGUUGUACCCAAAGGAGAAUGGAUGUACAAUCUUGGGGUCGGUGAUGCUUACGAUAUCGUUGGAACAAAGGACAACAUAUGCAUCCGUGUUCCUGACAGUUCCGUCUUGGCCUACCUCGUGUCUGUGUCUGGUCCAAUUGCCAUCACAUCGGGCAAUCCCAGUGGAGGAGCUGACAGCAUUCACCAUGACAUGCUUAUCAAUUCACUAGGCCAUAAGCUUGAUGGCAUGAUCUGUGAUGGCGAUUCAAGAGAGCUGAGCGCAUCAACAGUUGUCAACUGUAUGAACAUCGACCAAGGUGAGAUCACCUAUUUUCGAGUUGGGUGCACACCACAGGAAAUUGUGGACAAACAUUUGGAGGACGCCAAAGCAGAAAUUGAAGGCAAAACAAGCUACCCUCCAUGCACACUGUACGAGUCAAAUAAAUCCUCCGAUCUGAGAGCCGCAGCUGCUAUCCUGAGUGAUGGUGGCGUGGUUGGAACUCCCACAGACACCGUGUAUGCCAUAGGAGCCUCCUGCAAACAUCCCGAGUCCAUCCGAAGACUCUACACAGUCAAGGAACGUCCUGCAACAAAACCCAUCUGUCUGUGUCUGUCCAAUCUGGAUCAGUUGAAAGCAGCCAAGCCCGACUUCAGUCCUCUCCUUUGGAACUUCAUGGAAAGAUGCUACCCAGGUGGUAUCAGCUGUGUUGUACCCAAAGGAGAAUGGAUGUACAAUCUUGGGGUCGGUGAUGCUUACGAUAUCGUUGGAACAAAGGACAACAUCUGCAUCCGUGUUCCUGACAGUUCCGUCUUGGCCUACCUCGUGUCUGUGUCUGGUCCAAUUGCCAUCACAUCGGGCAAUCCCAGUGGAGGAGCUGACAGCAUUCACCAUGACAUGCUUAUCAAUUCACUAGGCCAUAAACUUGAUGGCAUGAUCUGUGAUGGCGAUUCAAGAGAGCUGAGCGCAUCAACAGUUGUCAACUGUAUGAACAUCGACCAAGGUGAGAUCACCUAUUUUCGAGUUGGGUGCACACCACAGGAAAUUGUGGACAAACAUUUGGAGGACGCCAAAGCAGAAAUUGAAGGCAAAACAAGCUACCCUCCAUGCACACUGUACGAGUCAAAUAAAUCCUCCGAUCUGAGAGCCGCAGCUGCUAUCCUGAGUGAUGGUGGCGUGGUUGGAACUCCCACAGACACCGUGUAUGCCAUAGGAGCCUCCUGCAAACAUCCCGAGUCCAUCCGAAGACUCUACACAGUCAAGGAACGUCCUGCAACAAAACCCAUCUGUCUGUGUCUGUCCAAUCUGGAUCAGUUGAAAGCAGCCAAGCCCGACUUCAGUCCUCUCCUUUGGAACUUCAUGGAAAGAUGCUACCCAGGUGGUAUCAGCUGUGUUGUACCCAAAGGAGAAUGGAUGUACAAUCUUGGGGUCGGUGAUGCUUACGAUAUCGUUGGAACAAAGGACAACAUAUGCAUCCGUGUUCCUGACAGUUCCGUCUUGGCCUACCUCGUGUCUGUGUCUGGUCCAAUUGCCAUCACAUCGGGCAAUCCCAGUGGAGGAGCUGACAGCAUUCACCAUGACAUGCUUAUCAAUUCACUAGGCCAUAAGCUUGAUGGCAUGAUCUGUGAUGGCGAUUCAAGAGAGCUGAGCGCAUCAACAGUUGUCAACUGUAUGAACAUCGACCAAGGUGAGAUCACCUAUUUUCGAGUUGGGUGCACACCACAGGAAAUUGUGGACAAACAUUUGGAGGACGCCAAAGCAGAAAUUGAAGGCAAAACAAGCUACCCUCCAUGCACACUGUACGAGUCAAAUAAAUCCUCCGAUCUGAGAGCCGCAGCUGCUAUCCUGAGUGAUGGUGGCGUGGUUGGAACUCCCACAGACACCGUGUAUGCCAUAGGAGCCUCCUGCAAACAUCCCGAGUCCAUCCGAAGACUCUACACAGUCAAGGAACGUCCUGCAACAAAACCCAUCUGUCUGUGUCUGUCCAAUCUGGAUCAGUUGAAAGCAGCCAAGCCCGACUUCAGUCCUCUCCUUUGGAACUUCAUGGAAAGAUGCUACCCAGGUGGUAUCAGCUGUGUUGUACCCAAAGGAGAAUGGAUGUACAAUCUUGGGGUCGGUGAUGCUUACGAUAUCGUUGGAACAAAGGACAACAUCUGCAUCCGUGUUCCUGACAGUUCCGUCUUGGCCUACCUCGUGUCUGUGUCUGGUCCAAUUGCCAUCACAUCGGGCAAUCCCAGUGGAGGAGCUGACAGCAUUCACCAUGACAUGCUUAUCAAUUCACUAGGCCAUAAACUUGAUGGCAUGAUCUGUGAUGGCGAUUCAAGAGAGCUGAGCGCAUCAACAGUUGUCAACUGUAUGAACAUCGACCAAGGUGAGAUCACCUAUUUUCGAGUUGGGUGCACACCACAGGAAAUUGUGGACAAACAUUUGGAGGACGCCAAAGCAGAAAUUGAAGGCAAAACAAGCUACCCUCCAUGCACACUGUACGAGUCAAAUAAAUCCUCCGAUCUGAGAGCCGCAGCUGCUAUCCUGAGUGAUGGUGGCGUGGUUGGAACUCCCACAGACACCGUGUAUGCCAUAGGAGCCUCCUGCAAACAUCCCGAGUCCAUCCGAAGACUCUACACAGUCAAGGAACGUCCUGCAACAAAACCCAUCUGUCUGUGUCUGUCCAAUCUGGAUCAGUUGAAAGCAGCCAAGCCCGACUUCAGUCCUCUCCUUUGGAACUUCAUGGAAAGAUGCUACCCAGGUGGUAUCAGCUGUGUUGUACCCAAAGGAGAAUGGAUGUACAAUCUUGGGGUCGGUGAUGCUUACGAUAUCGUUGGAACAAAGGACAACAUCUGCAUCCGUGUUCCUGACAGUUCCGUCUUGGCCUACCUCGUGUCUGUGUCUGGUCCAAUUGCCAUCACAUCGGGCAAUCCCAGUGGAGGAGCUGACAGCAUUCACCAUGACAUGCUUAUCAAUUCACUAGGCCAUAAGCUUGAUGGCAUGAUCUGUGAUGGCGAUUCAAGAGAGCUGAGCGCAUCAACAGUUGUCAACUGUAUGAACAUCGACCAAGGUGAGAUCACCUAUUUUCGAGUUGGGUGCACACCACAGGAAAUUGUGGACAAACAUUUGGAGGACGCCAAAGCAGAAAUUGAAGGCAAAACAAGCUACCCUCCAUGCACACUGUACGAGUCAAAUAAAUCCUCCGAUCUGAGAGCCGCAGCUGCUAUCCUGAGUGAUGGUGGCGUGGUUGGAACUCCCACAGACACCGUGUAUGCCAUAGGAGCCUCCUGCAAACAUCCCGAGUCCAUCCGAAGACUCUACACAGUCAAGGAACGUCCUGCAACAAAACCCAUCUGUCUGUGUCUGUCCAAUCUGGAUCAGUUGAAAGCAGCCAAGCCCGACUUCAGUCCUCUCCUUUGGAACUUCAUGGAAAGAUGCUACCCAGGUGGUAUCAGCUGUGUUGUACCCAAAGGAGAAUGGAUGUACAAUCUUGGGGUCGGUGAUGCUUACGAUAUCGUUGGAACAAAGGACAACAUCUGCAUCCGUGUUCCUGACAGUUCCGUCUUGGCCUACCUCGUGUCUGUGUCUGGUCCAAUUGCCAUCACAUCGGGCAAUCCCAGUGGAGGAGCUGACAGCAUUCACCAUGACAUGCUUAUCAAUUCACUAGGCCAUAAGCUUGAUGGCAUGAUCUGUGAUGCCGAUUCAAGAGAGCUGAGCGCAUCAACAGUUGUCAACUGUAUGAACAUCGACCAAGGUGAGAUCACCUAUUUUCGAGUUGGGUGCACACCACAGGAAAUUGUGGACAAACAUUUGGAGGACGCCAAAGCAGAAAUUGAAGGCAAAACAAGCUACCCUCCAUGCACACUGUACGAGUCAAAUAGAUCCUCCGAUCUGAGAGCCGCAGCUGCUAUCCUGAGUGAUGGUGGCGUGGUUGGAACUCCCACAGACACCGUGUAUGCCAUAGGAGCCUCCUGCAAACAUCCCGAGUCCAUCCGAAGACUCUACACAGUCAAGGAACGUCCUGCAACAAAACCCAUCUGUCUGUGUCUGUCCAAUCUGGAUCAGUUGAAAGCAGCCAAGCCCGACUUCAGUCCUCUCCUUUGGAACUUCAUGGAAAGAUGCUACCCAGGUGGUAUCAGCUGUGUUGUACCCAAAGGAGAAUGGAUGUACAAUCUUGGGGUCGGUGAUGCUUACGAUAUCGUUGGAACAAAGGACAACAUAUGCAUCCGUGUUCCUGACAGUUCCGUCUUGGCCUACCUCGUGUCUGUGUCUGGUCCAAUUGCCAUCACAUCGGGCAAUCCCAGUGGAGGAGCUGACAGCAUUCACCAUGACAUGCUUAUCAAUUCACUAGGCCAUAAGCUUGAUGGCAUGAUCUGUGAUGGCGAUUCAAGAGAGCUGAGCGCAUCAACAGUUGUCAACUGUAUGAACAUCGACCAAGGUGAGAUCACCUAUUUUCGAGUUGGGUGCACACCACAGGAAAUUGUGGACAAGCAUUUGGAGGACGCCAAAGCAGAAAUUGAAGGCAAAACAAGCUACCCUCCAUGCACACUGUACGAGUCAAAUAAAUCCUCCGAUCUGAGAGCCGCAGCUGCUAUCCUGAGUGAUGGUGGUGUGGUUGGAACUCCCACAGACACCGUGUAUGCCAUAGGAGCCUCCUGCAAACAUCCCGAGUCCAUCCGAAGACUCUACACAGUCAAGGAACGUCCUGCAACAAAACCCAUCUGUCUGUGUCUGUCCAAUCUGGAUCAGUUGAAAGCAGCCAAGCCCGACUUCAGUCCUCUCCUUUGGAACUUCAUGGAAAGAUGCUACCCAGGUGGUAUCAGCUGUGUUGUACCCAAAGGAGAAUGGAUGUACAAUCUUGGGGUCGGUGAUGCUUACGAUAUCGUUGGAACAAAGGACAACAUCUGCAUCCGUGUUCCUGACAGUUCCGUCUUGGCCUACCUCGUGUCUGUGUCUGGUCCAAUUGCCAUCACAUCGGGCAAUCCCAGUGGAGGAGCUGACAGCAUUCACCAUGACAUGCUUAUCAAUUCACUGGGCCAUAAGCUUGAUGGCAUGAUCUGUGAUGGCGAUUCAAGAGAGCUGAGCGCAUCAACAGUUGUCAACUGUAUGAACAUCGACCAAGGUGAGAUCACCUAUUUUCGAGUUGGGUGCACACCACAUGAAAUUGUGGACAAACAUUUGGAGGACGCCAAAGCAGAAAUUGAAGGCAAAACAAGCUACCCUCCAUGCACACUGUACGAGUCAAAUAAAUCCUCCGAUCUGAGAGCCGCAGCUGCUAUCCUGAGUGAUGGUGGUGUGGUUGGAACUCCCACAGACACCGUGUAUGCCAUAGGAGCCUCCUGCAAACAUCCCGAGUCCAUCCGAAGACUCUACACAGUCAAGGAACGUCCUGCAACAAAACCCAUCUGUCUGUGUCUGUCCAAUCUGGAUCAGUUGAAAGCAGCCAAGCCCGACUUCAGUCCUCUCCUUUGGAACUUCAUGGAAAGAUGCUACCCAGGUGGUAUCAGCUGUGUUGUACCCAAAGGAGAAUGGAUGUACAAUCUUGGGGUCGGUGAUGCUUACGAUAUCGUUGGAACAAAGGACAACAUCUGCAUCCGUGUUCCUGACAGUUCCGUCUUGGCCUACCUCGUGUCUGUGUCUGGUCCAAUUGCCAUCACAUCGGGCAAUCCCAGUGGAGGAGCUGACAGCAUUCACCAUGACAUGCUUAUCAAUUCACUAGGCCAUAAGCUUGAUGGCAUGAUCUGUGAUGGCGAUUCAAGAGAGCUGAGCGCAUCAACAGUUGUCAACUGUAUGAACAUCGACCAAGGUGAGAUCACCUAUUUUCGAGUUGGGUGCACACCACAUGAAAUUGUGGACAAGCAUUUGGAGGACGCCAAAGCAGAAAUUGAAGGCGAAACAAGCUACCCUCCAUGCACACUGUACGAGUCAAAUAAAUCCUCCGAUCUGAGAGCCGCAGCUGCUAUUCUGAGUAAUGGUGGUGUGGUUGGAACUCCCACAGACACCGUGUAUGCCAUAGGAGCCUCCUGCAAACAUCCCGAGUCCAUCCGAAGACUCUACACAGUCAAGGAACGUCCUGCAACAAAACCCAUCUGUCUGUGUCUGUCCAAUCUGGAUCAGUUGAAAGCAGCCAAGCCCGACUUCAGUCCUCUCCUUUGGAACUUCAUGGAAAGAUGCUACCCAGGUGGUAUCAGCUGUGUUGUACCCAAAGGAGAAUGGAUGUACAAUCUUGGGGUCGGUGAUGCUUACGAUAUCGUUGGAACAAAGGACAACAUCUGCAUCCGUGUUCCUGACAGUUCCGUCUUGGCCUACCUCGUGUCUGUGUCUGGUCCAAUUGCCAUCACAUCGGGCAAUCCCAGUGGAGGAGCUGACAGCAUUCACCAUGACAUGCUUAUCAAUUCACUGGGCCAUAAGCUUGAUGGCAUGAUCUGUGAUGGCGAUUCAAGAGAGCUGAGCGCAUCAACAGUUGUCAACUGUAUGAACAUCGACCAAGGUGAGAUCACCUAUUUUCGAGUUGGGUGCACACCACAUGAAAUUGUGGACAAGCAUUUGGAGGACGCCAAAGCAGAAAUUGAAGGCAAAACAAGCUACCCUCCAUGCACACUGUACGAGUCAAAUAAAUCCUCCGAUCUGAGAGCCGCCGCUGCUAUUCUGAGUAAUGGUGGUGUGGUUGGAACUCCCACAGACACCGUGUAUGCCAUAGGAGCCUCCUGCAAACAUCCCGAGUCCAUCCGAAGACUCUACACAGUCAAGGAACGUCCUGCAACAAAACCCAUCUGUCUGUGUCUGUCCAAUCUGGAUCAGUUGAAAGCAGCCAAGCCCGACUUCAGUCCUCUCCUUUGGAACUUCAUGGAAAGAUGCUACCCAGGUGGUAUCAGCUGUGUUGUACCCAAAGGAGAAUGGAUGUACAAUCUUGGGGUCGGUGAUGCUUACGAUAUCGUUGGAACAAAGGACAACAUCUGCAUCCGUGUUCCUGACAGUUCCGUCUUGGCCUACCUCGUGUCUGUGUCUGGUCCAAUUGCCAUCACAUCGGGCAAUCCCAGUGGAGGAGCUGACAGCAUUCACCAUGACAUGCUUAUCAAUUCACUGGGCCAUAAGCUUGAUGGCAUGAUCUGUGAUGGCGAUUCAAGAGAGCUGAGCGCAUCAACAGUUGUCAACUGUAUGAACAUCGACCAAGGUGAGAUCACCUAUUUUCGAGUUGGGUGUACACCACAUGAAAUUGUGGACAAGCAUUUGGAGGACGCCAAAGCAGAAAUUGAAGGCAAAACAAGCUACCCUCCAUGCACACUGUACGAGUCAAAUAAAUCCUCCGAUCUGAGAGCCGCCGCUGCUAUUCUGAGUAAUGGUGGUGUGGUUGGAACUCCCACAGACACCGUGUAUGCCAUAGGAGCCUCCUGCAAACAUCCCGAGUCCAUCCGAAGACUCUACACAGUCAAGGAACGUCCUGCAACAAAACCCAUCUGUCUGUGUCUGUCCAGCCUGGAUCAGUUGAAAGCAGCCAAGCCCAACUUCAGUCCUCUCCUUUGGAACUUCAUGGAAAGAUGCUACCCAGGUGGUAUCAGCUGUGUUGUACCCAAAGGAGAAUGGAUGUACAAUCUUGGGGUCGGUGAUGCCUACGAUAUCGUUGGAACAAAGGACAACAUCUGCAUCCGCAUUCCUGACAGUUCCGUCUUGGCCUACCUCGUGUCUGUGUCUGGUCCAAUUGCCAUCACAUCGGGCAAUCCCAGUGGAGGAGCUGACAGCACUCACCACGACAUGCUUAUCAACUCCCUUGGUCAUAAACUUGAUGCUGUCCUUUGUGAUGGGGAAUCGGAUGAAAAAUCAGCAUCUACAGUAGUUAACUGUAUGAACAUCGACCAAGGUGACAUCAGUUUCUUCCGGGUAGGAUGUACCCCGCGCAAUGUCGUCCACCGGCAUCUGAGAGACGCAAAGGCUGAUAUUUUCGGAAAGAAAUAUGUCUUAGAGAAAAUGGUCCCUUUGUUUAUGAUGCAAGGAGGGGCAUAGCAUCUAACACAUAAAGGGGAGAUGCGUGUCUCUGUGCGUAUGCGUGUGAGUGUGCGUGUGCGUGUGAGUGUGUGCGUCUGUGUCUGUGUGUCUGUUUCC